AGACUUCUUCACCUCCGAUGGCUGUUCUGUAGUAUCAUGAUAUCACAUCGGAAGUACAGACCCGCCUGUCUAUACCCGAGAAACAAAGUGUGCAUCUUCGGUUAAUAAAUCAUAUUGGCAGCAGUCGCAAGUACUACCCUGAAACCAUCAACUCGGACUCUCGACGUUCUGUCUGAAUAUCCAAACGGCAGCCUCGGCCAUAUAUACACGGAAUGACCGACCAAUUUGCCUUUUCAUACCCUUCCCCGCUGGAGGGGUACGAGAAUCUGGAGCCGCUCUCAGAUGAGCGAAACGAGGACGGAAAGUCUCUCAAAAACCCCCAACAUGGCAUCCUGAGCAAAGCGUACGAAGAAUUCCCCGACCCUCUCACAAAGGGCCGGCGCGGCGGUUUUGAUAUACAUAUCUAUCACUUUCAAAAUAACCCCGACCAAGUCACUUUUGCCAAGGCCCUCUGGGAAAGAAUCCGACGUGAAUUCCCCGAACUCCGAAUCUACACGUUUUUCGACCGACCGAUUGGCCCGCAUCCCGUGGCCAUGUUCGAAGUCAACCUGUUCACGCCGGCGCAAUUUGGGGCCUUUGUUCCUUGGCUGAUUGUGAACCGCGGACCUUUGAGCGUUCUGAUCCAUCCGAAUACGGUGGAAUCAGAGGAUGAGCGCAAUCACACCCAGCGUGCUACUUGGCUAGGGGAGAGGAUUCCGUUGGAUUUGCGAAUCUUCAAAUUGCUCAAGGAGAGGGAAAAAAACGAGGAGUUGAAGAACUGAUGAUGGAUUUGGUGUGAACAUUGAUUGGGUCUGACUUGAUCCCGUGUGCAUAACAUAGCAUAGCAUAGCAAUUAUGAUUGAAGACUGUG